AUGUCGUCUGCGUUUAAUUCUAUCUACCAUCGUGCAUCCAAUGCUGUGGAUGACGUCACUAGAUGUUCCAAUGGCAGAUCCACUGCACAUACUGAUCGUGAAUUUAAUCCAUGGAUACAAAUAGACAUGCUGAACAUAUUCGACAUUGCUAAAGUUCUGAUUUUCAACAGGCAGGAUAUGGGCGGUGAAAGGCUGCACGAUCUACUGAUAAGCGUUGGGGAAAAUGGAGUCGAAAAACCUUGCGGUUUCUUCCAAGGACCUGCGGCUACAGGAGACCGCUUACUAAUUUUUUGUAGUUCCGGUAGUAGAGGAAGAUAUGUCAGACUGACGAUCCAAAGUAUCCAAGGGGAACGUGAUUUCUUAAACGUUUGUGAAAUUCAAGUAUUCUUGGAGUGA